CCUUAACUCUGAACUUUGGCCUAUCCCUCAUGUGCAAAUAAUCCCGCCGCAACGGACCGAAACGUCAACGUUUGACAGUCCGUCGCAGGUCGCUAACCGCACAGCAGAUCAAAUGGAUCAAAUUAUGACGACUCCCGCAGUUUGAUUGCAUCAACAUCCCACGUAAGACGACGAUGACUGGAUCACCGGAGGACCACAUCACCAAGCUGACAGCAUUGGGCCUUAGUGAGCAGAAGGCAAAAGAAACUUUAAAGAAUGCCGCUCUUAGUAAAACAAUUUUGAAGGCCCUUUCACUCGUGCCGCCUGGCCAUGCUUACGCCGAAGGAGAAGGUUUGUUGCUGUACCAAGUGUGCACCAAGAUCAAGCAGCAAUCUAUUGAACAUCUGGAGUUCCUUGUGCAGAAUAUUUUACAACGAAAGCUGGACACCGGAGUUCGCGUUGAUGCGGCACUGGAAUUUUUGUUGAGCAACGGUACCAACAAAUCUGUUAACGUAGCCGAAUUCGAAAAGGCUUGUGGCGUUGGGGUUGUUGUUACCCCCGAAGAAAUAGAUCGUUCUGUGGAAACGGUAAUUGCUCAGCAUAAGGAAAGCAUUGUUGCUCAAAGAUAUCGUUUCAAUGUAGGAAAACUUUUGGCCGAACUACGUGGCCAAUUACCAUGGGCCGAUGGCAAAGCCAUUAAAAAUGAGGUAGAUGUGCAAAUAUUCGAUUUGCUUGGUCCAAAAACGGAAGCUGAUUUAGCUCCACCACCCAAGUCCGAGAAAAAAUCGAAGGGUGAUAAAGUGCCUCCUCAAAAGACUGAAAAGAUUAUUAUCACGGAGCAGGCUGCAGAACCGGCUUCGGAUGGUGCCAAGUCGAUUUCGGAAUUGAUGAAAUCCGUUCACUUCCAUGCUCCUGGGGAAAACCAUAAAACAGAUGGAUAUGCAGUUACAAAUGAAACCGACCGGCUGUUGAAAGAGCAUUUGAAGCGGACCGGUGGAGCCGUGCGUACUCGAUUCCCUCCUGAGCCUAAUGGAAUUCUACACAUUGGCCAUGCGAAAGCCAUCAACAUUAAUUUCGGAUACGCUAAGUCCAAAAAUGGCGUUUGCUUCCUGCGUUACGACGACACCAAUCCGGAGAAGGAAGAAGAGAAGUUUUUCAUUGGGAUCAAAGACAUGGUGGAAUGGCUGGGUUAUAAACCCUAUAAAAUUACCCAUUCCUCAGACUAUUUUCAGCAAUUGUACGAUUGGGCUGUUUUGCUAAUUAGCAAUGGCCUAGCGUAUGUUUGUCAUCAAACCGCAGAUGAAAUGAAAGGAUUCAACCCGGAACCGUCAAAGUGGCGCAACCGUCCCAUUGAAGAAAAUUUGCAACUAUUUGAGGACAUGAAAAAUGGAAAAAUUGAUGAAGGUCUCGCUACAUUGCGUAUGAAGAUUACUCUGGAAGAGGGCAAAAUGGAUCCCGUUGCAUACCGGAUUAAGUUCAUUCCACAUCACAGAACCGGAAGCGAUUGGUGCAUUUAUCCGACCUACGACUAUACGCACUGUCUUUGCGAUAGCAUAGAGGAUAUAACUCAUUCCUUGUGCACCAAGGAAUUCCAGUCCCGUCGGUCGUCCUACUAUUGGCUCUGCAAUGCGUUGAAAAUUUACUGUCCGGUGCAGUGGGAGUACGGUCGUCUGAAUGUGAACUACACGGUGGUGUCUAAGCGGAAAAUUGGCAAGCUAAUUACUGAAGGAAUUGUGGAAAAUUGGGAUGAUCCCAGGCUUUUCACGUUGACCGCUUUACGCCGACGCGGUUUCCCUCCAGAGGCCAUCAACAAUUUCUGCGCUCAAAUGGGCGUCACCGGAGCUCAGAGUUCCGUUGAUCCGUCGGCCUUGGAGGCUAGCGUUCGCGAUGUUCUGAACGUCACAGCUCCGCGGGCUCUGGUCGUGCUGGAACCUUUGAAGAUAACCAUCACCAAUUUCCCACACAAAGAACCGUUGGGACUACAAGUUCCUAACUUUCCGAACAAUCCUGAAAAGGGGUCGCAUAGCAUUUGGCUCGACAAGGUGCUCUACAUUGAACGAUCAGACUUCUCAGAGAACCCGGAGAAGGGGUAUCGUCGUCUAACCCCAAAUCAAUCUGUGGGUUUGCGUUAUGCUGGGUUCGUUGUAAAAGUGUCCGAAAUAAUCAAAGAUGAACAAGGAGCGAUAAAGGAAUUGUUAUGCGUGUGCGACAGCAGCGAAGCCGCUGAAAAGCCAAAAGCGUUCAUUCAAUGGGUGUCUCAUCCUAACGAGAUCGAAGUUCGUUUAUACGAAAAGCUUUUCAGACACAAGAAUCCGGAGGACGCAAAUGAAGUGCCCGGAGGCUUUUUGAGUGAUUGCAAUCAAGAUUCUCUAAAUGUCAUCACAGCGUACGCUGAUGCAUCGGUUGUGAAUGCCAAAGUGUACGACAAAUACCAGUUUGAGAGAAUCGGAUACUUUUCGGUAGAUCCUGAUAUGCGCGAGGGUCAUCUCGUGUUCAACAGAACCGUAACAUUGAAAGAAGACGCAGGUAAGAAUUAACGUUUUACAUAUUUAUUUAUGUUGAAUAAAGCAGAGAAAAUUCGA